CACAACCAGCGCAUUGAAAGGCUUUGGCGUGACUUGUUUUCCGGUUGUGUUCAUGUGUUUUAUCAUUUGUUUUAUGACAUGGAGCAACAUGGAAUUCUGGAACCUUCAAAUGAAGUACACUUGUUUGCACUACAUUACACAUAUCUACCACGCAUCAACCAGAAUUUGAGUAUAUUUGUUCAGGGCCAUAGUAGAGCACCACUAAGUAGUGAAAGAGGAAAAUCACCAUUGCAAUUAUGGAUUCAAGGUUCAAUGACACACAGUAAUCGGGCAAUUGAUGAGCAAUGGAGUAUGGAAGACAAUGAGUACUAUGGAGUUGAUUGGGAUGGACCAGUCCCAAAUAAUGAAGAUUUGAAUGUGUCCUCUAAUGCCAUUGAAGUUCCUGUUACUAGCAUUCCAAUUUCUGAAGAAGCCUAUUUUCUUUUAAGAGAACAAAUUGAUCCAUUAAGAGACAGUGAGUCACAUGGUGUUGAUAUUUAUUUAGAAGUAUUGUCUUUCAUAGCAAAUUAA